AUGAACACUUUCAUGGAGAUGACGGGGUCUCCGGAUCCAGCAAAAGUGAUGCAGAUGCUGCAGAGUAUGGGCCCUGAAGACCAGGAGCGAAUCAUGGAACAUGCCAUGAAUUUUAUGAAUCGUGGCAUUGAGAAGUCUCCAGCGGAAGAGCGAACUCAGUUCAGAAAGGAUCGUGAAAAAUUCAAGGCUGCAGCGGCUGAAAUCAAUUCUCAGCAGCUGCAUUCAAUCAACAUUCGACACUCCUUUGACACCAAACCCAGCUCUGGUAGUCGAAAAGGAUCUUUGGUUCCCACGACGGUAAAAGAUCUGUCGCUGGGAACCACCCAUCGAGGGAAGAUUCUGGAAGGGACUAUCUGCGAAGACCCAAUCUUCACUGGAUCGUCUGUUUUCUUGCUGGAGGACCGUCAGGGAGGCGUGAUCAAAGUUGCAGUCUACAACAUCCCUGACGCAAGUUGGCCCGUGACUGAGCACAUCUUCUUCAAGGGAAGGACCUUGGCAGUCCAAGAGCCUUACUACAAACAAUUCAUGGACGGCUCCUUGGGCAUCCGCGUAGAUGAUCCUUCAGAGAUCGUUGAUGCAUCAAGUGCCUCCAGCCCAAGCGACUUCAAAACCCUAGGAAACAAAUGUUUCCAAGCGAAAGAGCAUCAACAGGCCUUGGAUUUCUACAAAAAAGCGCUUGAGGCAGCCUCCAAGCCUCGCCAAGAACUAUCCAUUCUCUGCAGCAACAGAUCACUUUGCCAGAUGAAAUUGGGCAACCACUUGCUGGCUGUCGCCCUUUCAGGUGCUGCAACUCACUUGGAUUCUGGUAAUGCAAAGGCGAAACAUCGUUUGAAGCAGGCCGUUGAGAAGCAAGGCCUCAACUCCACACAGUGGGCGCGGCAAGAAGGAGUGGUGGCAUGGUCUCAACUGCAGGAGGAUAGUGGGAUCGAAUGGCUGAAACAAAAGGAGCAAGGGAAAGAGGCCUUCGAGCGUGGUGACUAUUUACUAGCAGAUCAGGAUUAUUCAUUUGCUCUGCGGAACCAUCCUGAGACAAAGGAGGUGGCAGUGCUGCUGAAUAACUCAGCGGCCACCUGUCUGGAAUUGCAGCAAUUCGAGGAGGCGCUGUUGCACAGCUCCACUGUGGUGUUGCUGCAAGUGGCUGAUGAAGGACUUCUUUCCAAGGCAUGGAUACGUCGAGGUCGCGGACUGGAGGGAUUAGAGGAUGAGCAGUGCACCAAGGCACUGGACUUGGUGCCAUUGCCUUUGGUGAGAACGGAAGCAGAUCUGUUGCGAAAGCGUUGGUCAUCCAAGAAGAAGGUGAAACCUGUGAGUUCCGUCUCCACUGAAGAGCAGCUGCAUCGACGUGACGGUUUCAUCAAUGAGCUCAAGUCGAAAGAGAACAAUGCCAGUCCAGAUGAGGUGGGCUUCAUUGGCGCCAUGUUCAAGAUGGCCCCACCAGAUGUAAAGAAGAACAUGCUGAAGGAAUUUGGACGGCUCAUAGCAAGAGAAGUGCCAGAAUUCCACCAGGAGUAUCCCAAACAGUAUGGCCUACCAGGCAAGGAUCCGGAGUACGUGGAGCGCUUUUGUCGCUUGUUGCUGGACCAAAAGUCCCAGUGGUCCCAGCACCAUUUGCGACGCGGAACUUUGGCACUGGACGUUAUGAAACGAUAUCAUGGCACUGCGGCCUUGGAAUGGGUGGCAAAGCAUCAACCGUUGGUCCCUGGUACCAUAAUCCGCUGGCGAGAAAACAUUGACAAUCGCUAUUCAGAAUACAUCCGCACCAGUUUCUGCAAUCACGCCACUCGGAAAGACAUCCUACAUCGAGGCACUACACAUGUCGCUGUGGGUUUCAAUGACCUGGGCAUCUUAUUGAGCUGUGACCUACGCGAAGCACCUGGUGGAAAGAAGGGCCAUGACCCUUUGCGUUUCAUUGGCAUUGAUGCUAGUCCCUUUUCUGUGGCGAAGAGUUUGGUACUAGCCGAAAUGCUGGGGACGGAAAGUGUACCUCUGGAGCAUUGCGUACAGGUGUGGUAUUCAGCAACUUGCAGCAAAGCCGCAAGCAAAAACUUUGCCCGUGCAGCCUCCCAAACUUUGAUCAAAGUGAAGCAUGAGCAAGUGAGGUCCUACAUCUUCCACUGGUCUGCUGAGUCGGCUUCAUCCGCAGUGCCCUUGACGAAAGCGCGGAAGAUGUGGCUGGACACACGAGAAGGACGCAAUGGCACCGACAUUAUGGCUGUGAAGAGGCAUGAGGACCAGCUAAAGAUGUGCCACUACCUUAUUACAGGGGACAUCUUGGACGAAGAGAAGCCAGAAGUGGGCAACCCUGCCAUGUGGUCCAUGCCGCCAUCCUCACCACCCAUCUCCAUUGGUGAAAGCGCUUUCAAUGCAGUGGAGAUUGACGACUUGGCGGUUGCUGAGGGGAAGGACAUCUUGCAUCGCUUGGUCCAAGAGUUGCUCCGACGCUUGAGGAGGCUCAGGCAAUGGCUAUUGACAGGUGUUGUGGAAGUGGACCUUCGCUGCGAUGUCGUUGACUUGGAGGCUGCGAUUGUGCCAUGGAUCGCGCAGCAACAUCCCUGGACCAUGUCGUGGUCCAAUGUCUUGGAUUACAUACCACCUGGAAAGUUUCAUCAACUUGCACGGAUGUGCUCUAUACAAGGCGACACAGUGCACUAUGGCUAUUCAAUGAAUUGGGUAGUUGAGGUCUUUGGAACCUGCAUCAUGGAUUUUGAUGGGAACUCCGAGGCAGUUUCGCAGGUUAUCAAGGCAUCCCAUGAGAUGUGCGAGACCACAGAAAGGAUCGCUCCUGCAGGGAAGCUGUUGUUGCUUCCGCCUCAUGACACUCCCAUCAACGUGACCGGCCAUUUGCUGGCAAUGCUCCUGCACAAGAAGUGGACCACGUACUUCUUCUCACAGGACAUUGCCGGAGAUGUGCAAGUUGGCGUGGCAUCCAUGCAGACUUACAAUCCACUGGCAACGAAUGCCAAUUGCUUGUCGAUGACAUGGACAUAUGAUCCUGAAAAUCAGCUCCAGGAUCAAAAUGGCAGAAAACGAGAAGAUCCUUUGGAGUCGGCGCCGAAUUGUCCCACAUCUUGA